GGGGACAGCCGCAGAUGCCCCGGGGCGGGCCCCGAGGGUGCACCGCUUCGCUCCGGCCUGACAGGAAGGAAAGAGAAAUGCGUCAGUUGUUCCAACGUGAAGAAAAACUGACUUCCUUCUCUCCAGGACGGGCGCCCCUGUCUCUUCUCUCGAAGCAGAUGCCAAGGGGAUAGAGUGUAAAUCACCAGGCAAUCAAGUCAUGUGCUAAGCACUUGAACAGUGUGUGGCACUUGGAAGGUACUCGGUGAAUAUUCAUUGAAUGGAUGGAUGGAUCCAAGAACAAACCAAAUUCUACUUUUCCAGACUCAGAGCCUUGGGGAAGUAAGAUCUGCAAGUUCCAUCUGUUCAUCCAGAAACUGGAGGCGGAAGAGGAUCAAGACUUUGCGCCCGUCACGCAGGGGUUACCAGUGAGUCUGGGCUAGAGCCCAGAGUCCUUGUUGCUUGGUCAUUUCGCCACCUUCUGGAUAGGAAACCUUUGGAGGGCAGGCACUGGCAUUCAGCAGCCUGGGCUUUUAAUGACCAUUACUUCUGACCCGAAGGCACUGGAGGGGAAGAGUAGCUUCUGAAUGUCCUCGAUACUUUUAUAACUGCCAGUUCUGAGUUCCCUCAGAUUGGGGCUCACUUCUGCUUUUGCAGAAAUUAUCUGCUUGGAGCCAUGCCUGAUUUAUAGCAAUCUCUGGCAAGACCUCAGACCAGAGAUAUGCUUUUGGCUUAGACAGACACCGCAGGCAGCGGUAGGGCUCCGUGGAAAGGCUCCCCGGGGGGCAUGAGGCUCUGGGAGCCUCGAGUCGAGCUGGGGGGUGGCCUCUUGGGGCUUUCUUCUCCCGAGGAGUGUGACGCAGUCAAAAAGGGGAAAAAAAAAAAAAAAAAAGGCCAAGCAGCUGCUGAUGAAAUAGGAGAAGGCGCACUUUGAAGCACGUGGGGCUGUUCCAGGGCACUCUGAGCUCACGCACAGCCCAGGGGCGCUCGGUCAUGGAGUGACCCUCGGCUCGGGUCUCCGCACCAGAGAAGGCAUGGCCGGGGAAGUCAGCCUGAACUCCCUCCAGGAGCUGGAACGUGAGGUCGUCCUCCAGGUCCUGUACCGAGACCAGGCGGUCCAGAACAUCGAGGAAGAGAGGAUCCGGAAACUGAAGACGCACUUGCAGCACCUCCGGUGGAAAGGAGCACAGGGCGUGAGCCAGGAGCACAGAGAGAAGUCAUGCGCCCGCUGUCAGAGCGAGCUGGGGUUUCUGCUGAACCGGGGGGCCGUGUGCAAGGGCUGCAGCCACCGCGUGUGCUCGGAGUGCCGAGUGUUCCUGAGGAAGACCAGCGCCUGGAAGUGCACCGUGUGCUUUGAGGACAGAAAUGUGAAAAUAAAAACUGGAGAAUGGUUCUUUGAGGAGCGAGCCAAGAAAUUUCCAACUGAAAGCAAACACGGGACAGCCGGAGCAAAGCUCUUACAAUCUUAUCAGGAGCUGAGCAAGAUUUCUGUGGUUCCUCCGACCCCACCUCCUCUGAGCGAAAGCCAGUGCAGUAGCAGCUCUCAGAGGUUACAGGAACUUGGUCAGUUUAAAGGAUUUAAUAAAUCCGUGGAAAAUUUGUUUCUGUCUGUUACCACCCACAUGAAAAAGCUUUCCAAGUCCCAGAAUGACAUGACCUCUGACAAGCAACUCCUGGCCACGGGUCCCAGGCAGUGUGCUAGCCGGACGGAGAGGAGGAGCCUGUCUGACACUGCCAUCAACGUCACCACCAGGAAGGCGAGCGCGCCAGAUAUUCUUAAACCUCUCAACCAAGAGAGUCCCAAACGCCUUCCUAAUCCUGUUCCGAAGCCGGAGAAUCUCUCAUCCAGGCCGACGCCCAGCGCUUUAUUCUCUGGAGGCUUGAGACACGGAAGUCUAACUAGCAUUAACAGCGCUUGCACAGAGAUGGGCAAUUUUGACAAUGCUAGUGUCACCGGAGAAAUAGAGUUUGCGGUUCGCUAUUGCUUCAAAACCUGUUCUUUAGAAAUAUGCAUCAAGGCUUGUAAGAAUCUUGCCUAUGGAGAGGAAAAGAAGAAAAAGUGCAAUCCGUACGUCAAGACCUAUCUGCUGCCUGACAGAUCCUCCCAGGGAAAGCGCAAGACUGGAGUCCAGAAGAACACGGUGGACCCAACUUUCCAGGAGACCUUGAAGUACCAGGUGGAGCCCUGGCAGCUGGGGACCCGGAGGCUGCAGGUCUCUGUGUGGCACUUGGGCACGCUCGCCCGGAGGGUGUUUCUUGGAGAGGUGACCAUCCCUCUGGCCACAUGGGACUUCAAAGACAGCGCAACACAAUGCUUCUGCUGGUAUCCACUGAGGGCCAAGGGUCACUUGGUUCCAGUGGGGGAGCCCUGGGCUCACUGCUGCCACCAUUGGAGUGUACGGCCUGCACAGGCAGAGAAACUCGAAGAGAGCUUUUUUUCCAAUAAUGGAGAACUUGCAGUCCGGGCCAAACUGGUCUUCCCUACAGGGCCCAGAAAACUCCAGGAGACCCAAGAAGGGACAGAUGGGCCAUCCCCUAACGGCCAGCUUUGUUUGGUCGUGCUGGGAGCCAAGAAUUUGCCAGUGCGGUCAGAUGGCACCCUAAACUCAUUUGUUAAGGGCUGUCUCACUCUGCCAGACCAACAGAAACUGAAACUGAAGUCCCCAGUUGCGAAGAAGCAAGCUUGUCCCCAGUGGAAGCACUCCUUCGUGUUCAACGGCGUGAGCCCUUCCCAGCUGAGACAGUCCAGCCUGGAAUUAAGCGUCUGGGACCAGGCCAUCUUUGGUGUGAAUGACCGCUUGCUGGGAGAAGCCAGGCUCAGUUCUGAGGAAGACGCAGCCGGUGAGGACUCAUGCUCAGAGUCAGCGCAUCAGUGGCAGAAAGUUCUGGAAAGCCCCAAUCUGUGGACAGACAUGACACUCACCCUGCACUGAAGCCAGGGUUCAGUCUGCAGUGGAGGUUCAAGUGCCGCACGCCUGAGGGUUGGCUGAGGACAUGGGCCUGGACACUUGCCCCCUGCAGCUCCGUCACGGAGCCCAGACGUUCUUCCAUGUCCCUCUGUGCCGACACCCAACAGAGCACUUGUCCUAUAA